AAGACCCCUCCAUUUCCAUUCCUCCUCUUCCUCUCUUCUCCCCCCCCCUCCAAUAAUUCAACCCCCUCUUCUGGGAAACCUGGGAGCUUUCUCCUUCAAGAGCUCCCUGCUAGCUAGAUCUCCUCCUCUCUUUCUCUCUCUCUCUCUCUCUCUUUCUGUCCAUUUCUAUCUGUGCUCUCGCCUGAGCGGCGACAAUCCAGCUGAGAUCGAUCGAUCGAUCGAUGGGGAGGGGCAAGAUAGUGAUCCGGCGGAUCGACAACUCGACGAGCCGGCAGGUGACGUUCUCGAAGCGGCGCAACGGGAUCUUCAAGAAGGCCAAGGAGCUGGCCAUCCUGUGCGACGCCGAGGUCGGCCUCGUCAUCUUCUCCAGCACCGGCCGCCUCUACGAGUAUGCCAGCACCAGCAUGAAGUCAGUGAUUGAUCGAUAUGGGCGAGCUAAGGAGGAGCAGCAGCACGUCGCAAACCCCAACUCGGAGCUGAAGUUCUGGCAAAGGGAGGCAGCAAGCUUGAGACAACAACUGCACAGCUUGCAAGAAAAUCAUCGGCAGUUGAUGGGGCAAGAUCUUUCUGGAUUGGGUGUCAAGGAACUGCAAACUCUAGAAAAUCAGCUAGAAAUGAGCAUACGCUGCAUCCGGACAAAAAAGGACCAGCUCAUGAUUGAUGAAAUCCACGAACUGAAUCGAAAGGGAAGUCUCAUCCACCAAGAAAACAUGGAACUGUACAGAAAGGUCAACCUGAUUCGCCAAGAAAAUGCUGAGCUGUACAAGAAGCUCUAUGAGACAGGGGCAGAAAAUGAAGCGAAUCGAGAUUCAACAACUCCAUACAACUUUGCGGUUAUCGAGGAAGCCAACACUCCUGCUCGUCUUGAACUCAAUCCCCCAAGCCAACAAAAUGAUGCUGAGCAAACCACACCUCCUAAACUAGGGCUCCAAUUGCAUCCAUGACAAUUUAUGGUGUGGAAGUGUUGCCUAUAUUUUCACUAUUCUUAAGGGCUACAGUUCAGAGCUCUUAAAAUGUAUUGGUCAUAAAGAAGCUAACACAUAACAAGACACAGUUUGCAUGCUUGGAUGAUUAAUAUCUGAUACUGUAAAAUCUAUUCGAAUAAAAAUGUAUUAUCUGAAGAGCCCAUGAAAAUUAUUUUCUUAUGACUA